AUGUCAAACACUCAGGAGCCCAAAACCUUUCUCAAUCUUCCCAAAGAAGUACAACUAAAAAUCCUCGACAAUGUUCUCGCAGGAGAGUACAUCACCGUCGAACCGGAUCCCAACCUCCCCUACCGGUCUUGCUGGCGUCUACCAGCACAAGCAUUGACUCUUGCAAACGUCUCUCGCGAAUUUUGCAAACCCUCCCCUAUGCGCAUCGAGACCCUUGUCUGUAAAGAGGGCGCACGCCCAACCGGCUCGGCAAUCCCAGAGGGGAUCCGGCGAAGCAUUACAACAAUCAUUUUGGAAAAUACCUACAUGCCAGCCGUCGACACAGCGGCGUUCCCCAAUUUGCGAGCGAUCCUCUGCUGCAGGGAGGGGGACUUCAGCUAUUUGGUAGUCAACUUGAAUCAUUACGGACACGAUCUCACGGACAUCUUCGAGAUAGACAAGCUCAUUCAACGGCAACAAGCCGAAAUCCACAGCCAAAUCAUACCGCAGUUGCCGUCAUGGAUGGAAGAGCUCGUCCUCGAUCCUGCUAGCCAAGUGGAGCUGACGAUCCGCGUCACGGUGCUUUUUCGCACGGACGAGGAUGCCGCAGCUUCUGCAACCUUUCGCUUCGAUGAAGAUGGCAUUGUCGAGGUAGAACCUCCCUCCUGGCGCAUGCCAAUGUCCCUCCUAUAUUCUUGGAAAGCCGGCCGUGCCUAUAACGCGCUCUGCCCGUCUCGGGCGAAAAGGAGGAACGAGAAGCGUAGCGAGGAGCGAAUGCGCAACGGGGAGAGAAAGUGGACGAAGAUGGGAGGCGGGGGUUGGACGAUCGAGGUAGACGAGGUUGUCCAUGGAUAA